GGGUUUUCACUUUUCACCUUUGCUUCUAUCGGCCUCCUCCUUCGGAUCCGACUCCGAGUUGAUUCCAGGGCUUGUAGCUGGUGGUUCACUCCUCCCUCGGAGCUCGUCGUCCCUCGAAUCUCGUCGCCGACUCCUCCCUCUCAAGUCAUCAAAAUAUAAUUCUGCACGAGAUCUGAUCUCAUCCCCUGCGGAUCUGUAAUUUCAACCAGCUCCGUUCAAUUGUCAGAGGCUGUAGAAAAUGUUUGCAGGUUUUCGAAGAAAAGGGUUGGCUGUUGGUCGCUCGUUAAUGGGAGGCCUCAGCAACAAUAUGUUGGGAGCAAUCACAACUCCUCUUGAGAUUUCGUCCAGGCUGAGUGAGAGCAACCUUUUCCUACAGCAACACAGGACCUUCAUUCAGAUGAGGACGCGUGGUAAGGUAAAGAGUGGAGAGGUUCACUACGCCGUGGUGGUUCGUGCGGCAAUGCAGAGAGGACGAUGUGAUGGCAGCGAGAUCAAGUUUGAUGACAAUGCAGUGGUUCUUGUUAACAAGCAGGGAGAGCCUAUUGGGACCCGAGUUUUUGGGCCUGUGCCUCAUGAACUCAGGAAGAAGAAGCAUGUCAAGAUUCUAACUUUGGCCGAGCACAUCGCUUGAAACUUGUAUUUUCGGAGUUUUCCUAUAGUUGCCCAGUCAAGGAUAAGUUUUUCUUCAGAAGCCUAGAUUGUGCCUUUUGUUCAGGCUGUCAUUAUCUUUUUGCUUUGUUCCAUCUCUGUUGUGGUUAAUAAUAGUUCGAGUUUACUUUCUUUAGUUGCCAGGACACUCCUAAUAACAUUUCCAUGACGAUUACUAAAAGGUCCUAAAGUGUC